GCCCCUUCCCCUUCGCCGACCGCCCGCUUCCCCGACCGCCUCCUUCACCUUCGCCGACCGCCGACCGCCCUCGUCCCCUUCCCCACCGCCUCCUUCGCCGACCGCCGACCGCCGACCGCCGACCGCCCCCUUCCGCUUCUCCGACCCCCGCCCCCGCCCCCGCGCCAACGGACGUCUAGGGUUUCUCAGGAAAAGAAAGGCGCGGGGAAAUGGUGGUGGGCAGAGCAGCGGGCGGAGCAACGGGGGGCGGGAAGAAGAAGGACAAGUUCGCUGGUGGCGGUGCGUCCUCUUCUCUAACCCGGGAGGAGCGAGAAGACAUGCUAGAUGCUUUAAUUGAGAAGGAAGUUCAGAAGAGGAUGAACAAAUUUAAGGGGAAGAGUCGGGACAAGUUUGAGCUCUCGGUAGAAGAUGCAGGGCUGCGAUUGAAGAUUGCCAAAGAGGAGCAGACAUCACUUUCGACCUUACCCAGAUUUGAGCUUGACAUCGACUGUGAUAUUUUGGAGUACAUUAAUCUUCUGAAAGAUAGAAUGUUUCAUCACUGAACACGUGGGUCGUAUUGCUUUGGCGGUGGAGUCGUGGCCACCCCACCAAUGGGCGAUGAUGAGACAUUCAACAUGAUUGAAUUCAUGAAGACAACCCAACGAGGCUCUAAGCGUUCUGUUAUGCAGUGCAUUUUUUGUGAUAAUGAUCUUUACUAUCAAUUGUUUAGAGCAACUCCUGAGAAGGACGAAGACAGGUAUACUAAGGGGAACUUUUACAGACUUGGUGGUGCUAAAAGGGUAUUCCCGGAGAGCUUAUUUGGAGAGCUUAAAGAUCUUGAAGGAGCCCCUGAGUCCUAUCAUGAUGUUGAGCAGAUUGCGGUGUACGCAAAUGUAUUCAGGAAGAUGGUUGAGAAAGUCAAGAAGCUCAAAAAAGAAACGGCUAAGAAGUUUGAUCCUGAUCGUUUGCCCCUUGUGCAGCUUCCAAUCGUUGCUGUAUGCGAGUCUGAAAGGUUUCCAGCAGUACUAAGGUUCACGACUGGUAACUUUUACAGCUCAACACCGCAGCACGUAACUAGCACGCUUCGGGAACUUGUACAUAACUGGGGGAGGUUGUCCAAGUUGGCUUUCUUGAUGAUUCUGGCUGUCAUUGAGUUUGACGUGGGAUGCUACGAUUGCAGAAAGAGCUUCAACGAAGCUAGAGCUAAUUUGCACAACACCGUGAGGGCGGUAUCUACACUUGAACUUGACUUCAGAGGUCCUGAUGGGCAUUUCAGCCUGAAAAAGCUGCUGGGCGUGGGCGGCUGUGUUCAUGUCCUCAAGUUUGAGUUUGAUGAUGUGAUCCGUAUUAUCAUGAGGGCCAGACAUGAUGCACGAGGUGCAAUCAGAGAGAUUCGAGCAAAACUGGAUAUCUCUACAGCUGGAGCUGAUGUGGAGCUUGCUGGAGCUGAUGCCAAGAAGGUGAUAUCUUCACAUGAGCGAAAAGAAGCUCAGACCAGGGAGCUUGCUGGAGUUCGUGCUGAAGCUGAUGCUGCUGCUAGAGCUGAUGUGAAGAAGACGCAAGCGAAGGUGUCAGUCUUGACCAGGGAGCUUGCUGGAGUUCGUGCUGAAGCUGAUGAUGCUGCUAGAGCUGAUGUGAAGAAGACGCAAGCGAAGGUGUCAGUCUUGACACCUUCAGAUGGAGCUGAUGUGAAUGAGUUGCAAACGAAGGUGCCAGUCCCGACAACAUCGCGAUCUUUGGUUGAGCUUGCUGGAGCUGAUGCCAAGAAGGUGAUAUCUUCGCAUGAGCGAAAAGAAGCUCAGACCAGGGCGGUGCCACCUGAUGAAGUUGAGUGGGCAAGGUGGCAGAAGUGUAGGCGUGCAGGUCUAAAGGUCAUGGACCUACUCAUGGAAUGAAGAUGUCUGUUCUUCAUGUGCUAACCUGUCCGCUAAGAUGCUGUUUUCGCGUUGGUGAUUUCAGAACUUCUCCACUGAAGGUGAUGGAUGUAAAGUUGUGCAAUGGCCGAUGGCUGAUAUGUGUAAUUGUCCAUUCUCUCGGGUUUAGAAUAGUCAAUUGACUUGAGUAUGUGGUGUGCAGUUCUUGAUGCUGCUUGAUGUUAAUGCAUACCGGUGAUUUUCCACUUGCACACUGAAAUUUUCAGCUAUGAUUCACCAACCUUUGUACAUGUAUAUGCAGCUGAGAAACUUAAUUUGAGAAUGUAUUCUUGAUGCUUA